CAUUAUUAGUUCAAUUAUCACUCGAGGGUUGAGCGUGCAAACACUAUUACGGGAUCGCACUUGAAACAUUUGUGCAAUAUGAGGUGGUAUAGUUUUGGUGUAGCGUUCGUGUUGGUUGUGUGUGGAGAUGUCUGUGCGGGGGCUGGCGACUCCCAGUGCGAGGUGGCGGCGGUGUGUGUGACGGACCUGACGGACGAGGACUGCGGCGCUGGCUACAAGAUGAUGCCAAAUUCAAACAUAUUCAACUGCUGCCCGCGUUGCGUCCUUGACACUGAACCUGAUCCAGAGACGCCCUGCCCGGCAACAGCUAACUGCCUGCCUGAUGGAACAUACGCGCCCGUGCAGUGUAAGGGCGAUAAUUUUCUAGGAAGAUGUUUCUGUACCAAUGCGGAAGGUAAACGUAUAUUUGGACAAAUGUGGAGAAGCGAUGCAGACAAAAUGACUUGUGCUUGCAGCCGCAAGCGCGCGGACCUGGAGGCUGCGGGGCGCACGGACGUGACCCUGCACUGCACGGCGCAGGGGGACUACGAGCCGCUGCAGUGCGACGACGGGGUCUGCUGGUGCGCCGAGCCAAGCACCGGCCAGCCCACCGUCGCGCCCGUGGCUGAGGCUGAUAUGACCAGGCUGCCGUGUUACAGCAAAACUCAGAUGGGCGAGAGUUAUCUGAGAAAGUGCGAGAGUGUGGUGCACGCUUUGGCGGUGAUUCAGCGGGAACAAAUCGAACACGGGACCAACUUCCUGGGGAACCCCGUCAUAUUCUGCGACUACGACGGCAGCUUCGGGCCUGUCCAAAUAAGAAACAAUAUUGCGUACUGUACAAACCGAGAAGGCGAUAUCGUGGGUUCUUGGGGCACCCCUCAGAGCGAAAUGACCGGCAUGAACUGCAAUUGCGCGCUGGACACCACCGUGCACUACCCCGCGGCCGGGCUGUCUGUCAGCCAGUCGUGUCUGCCGAACGGCAACUACGACCCCAAGCAGCAGGCGGGUGAGCAGCGCUACUGCGUGGACUCCGACGGCUACCAGGCCAGCCCGUAUGCCGCCACCUGGCCUGACGACUGCAUCGACUACGCUUAAACGACUGUACCGAUAUCAUUGUCGCAAACAAGUCGAGAUUUUUAGGCGAUAUCUCGGAUGAUGUAUUGACUUGGUAUCGCUACCGAGUCGACAAUGAUGUAGUUUAGGUCGGAAUAGAACUUAAAAAAUAGUUUGGUUGGUAUAUUUUCUGUACUGUAUGUAAAAAUAAAGAUGAUUAAUUGUUGAUUA